AGCGCACUGAACGGCAGUCCCGGGGAAGGCAAAGGCUCCCGCAACGCCGAGAGCAUCUAGUUUCUUCAGGACUCCUUGUGACUGGAUCAUGAAGUCCAAAAAUGCCAACGUUGAUCAUAAGCCUGGAUUUUGCAUGGAUUGCCUCAGCUGACCCUAGCAGAAGCCCAGUGCAAAGGGGGGUCCCCCCCCCACCCCGCACCUCUCAGGGAGUUGAUAUGCAAAAUAGUUACGUCAGAUGGUGGGGGCGGGGCACGCCCGGGUUGAGUGGCAGCAGCUCUUGCUUAGGGAGGAGGCGCGAGAAUCAGCCUGGUUCAGUGACUGACACAAACUGGAGGUGAGAGGAGCUGGUGCUGUCCACGGUGCUGUGGGUGCUGAACCUGGGACGCGAACGGGGCCGGUUCCUCCAGCGCCUCGAGGCAACGCCCUCGCGCACCCGCUGUGCCCUGCGGGACCGCUUCACCAGCAGGACCAUAUCAACUUGACAAAGGAGUGUGGUGUCGGACGUGGAAGAGAGUCCUCUGUUUGCCACCUGAGCGCCCUUUCAGGCGUGACUUUGGAGAUUUCUAUAGUUUCACCCAAACUAUUUUCAUCUGUUCCCAGCUGAGACGAUCUUUUUAGUUUUUAAAAUUAUUAUUAUUAUUAUUGCUAUUUAUAUAUCCACACCAUUUAGGAAUCUUUCUGGGAGACUUUUUGACUGUUAAAAUAAGGUGAAAAGCAAUAAGGAUGUUUAAGUGCUGGUCUACUGUUUUGGUUCUUGGAUUAAUUUUUCUGGAGUCAGAAGGAAGGCCGGUCAAAGAAACAGGAUAUGGCCUUAAAUCCUAUCAACCUCUAAUAAGAUUGCGACACAAGCAGGAAAAAAGUCAAGAAAGUUCAAGAAUCAAAGGGUUCCUGAUACAGGAUGGCCCUUUGGGAUCUUGUGAAAAUAAAUACUGUGGUUUGGGAAGGCAUUGUGUUAUCAGCAGAGAGACCGGUCAGGCAGAAUGUGUAUGCAUGGACCAUUGCAAACCACACUACAAACCUGUGUGUGGCUCUGAUGGAGAAUUCUAUGAAAACCACUGUGAAGUGCACAGAGCUGCUUGCCUGAAAAAACAAAAGAUUACCAUUGUCCACAAUGAAGACUGCUUCUUUAAAGGAGAUAACUGCAAGGCCAUUGAAUACAGCAAGAUGAAAAGUAUGCUUUUAGAUUUACAAAAUCAAAAAUAUAUUACACAAGAAAAUGAAAAUCCUAACGGUGAUGACUUAUCUCGGAAGAAGUUGUUGGUGGAUCAAAUGUUUAAAUAUUUUGAUGCUGACAAUAAUGGACUUAUAGAUAUUAAUGAACUAACUCAGGUGAUAAAACAGGAAGAACUUGGAAAGGAUCUUUCUGAUUGUACUCUGUAUGAUCUACUGAAAUAUGAUGAUUUUAACUCUGAUAAGCACCUGGCUCUUGAGGAAUUUUAUAGAGCAUUCCAGGUUAUCCAGUUGAGUUUGCCUGAAGAUCAGAAACUCAGCAUUACAGCAGCAACUGUGGGACAAAGUGCAGUUCUGAGCUGUGCCAUUCAGGGAUCCCUGAGACCCCCCAUCAUCUGGAAAAGAAACAAUAUUAUUCUAAAUAAUUUAGAUUUGGAAGACAUCAAUGACUUUGGAGAUGAUGGGUCCUUGUAUAUUACUAAGGUGACCACGACUCACAUGGGCAAUUAUACCUGCUUUGCAGAUGGGUAUGAGCAAGUCUAUCAGACACAUAUCUUCCAAGUGAAUGUUCCUCCAGUAAUUCGGGUGUAUCCUGAAAGCCAGGCUAGAGAACCUGGGGUAACUGCAAGUCUUAGGUGUCAUGCAGAGGGCAUACCAAACCCUCAGCUUGGCUGGCUGAAGAAUGGAAUUGAUAUUACACCAAAGCUGUCCAAACAACUCACGCUUCAAGCAAAUGGCAGUGAAGUUCACAUAAGCAAUGUGCGCUAUGAAGAUACAGGAGCGUACACUUGUAUCGCAAAGAAUGAAGCAGGAGUGGAUGAAGACAUUUCUUCUCUUUUUGUGGAAGAUUCUGCUAGAAAGACCCUAGCUAACAUAUUAUGGAGAGAAGAAGGUCUUGGAAUUGGGAACAUGUUCUAUGUUUUUUAUGAAGAUGGAAUCAAAGUGAUUCAACCUAUUGAAUGUGAAUUUCAGAGGCACAUUAAACCCAGCGAAAAGCUACUUGGGUUUCAGGAUGAAGUCUGUCCCAAAGCUGAGGGAGAUGAAGUUCAGAGGUGUGUGUGGGCCUCAGCUGUGAAUGUGAAAGACAAGUUCAUAUAUGUUGCACAGCCAACUUUGAACAGAGUCCUUAUUGUUGAUGUGCAGUCCCAAAAAGUUAUUCAGGCAGUGAGCACAGACCCUGUCCCAGUUAAAUUACAUUAUGACAAAUCACAUGAUCAAGUCUGGGUGCUAAGCUGGGGUACCAUGGAAAAGACUUCUCCAACACUACAGGUAAUAACCCUGGCUACUGGGAAUGUGCCUCACCACACCAUCCACACCCAGCCUGUGGGAAAGCAAUUUGACCGAGUAGAUGAUUUUUUCAUUCCUAGCACAACCCUCAUCAUCACCCAUAUGAGGUUUGGAUUUAUUCUCCAUAAAGAUGAAGCUGCACUACAAAAAAUUGAUCUUGAAACCAUGUCAUACAUCAAGACAAUUAACUUGAAGGACUACAAGUGUGUUCCUCAAUCUUUGGCAUAUACACACUUGGGAGGGUACUACUUUAUUGGCUGCAAACCUGACAGCACUGGAGCAAUUCCACCACAGCUCAUGGUGGACAGUGUAACUGACUCAGUGCUUGGAUUCAAUAGUGAUGUGACAGGCACUCCAUAUGUCUCUCCAGAUGGGCACUAUCUUGUCAGCGUUAAUGAUGUGAAAGGUCUUGUAAGGGUCCAGUACAUUACCAUCAGAGGAGAAAUUCAGGAGGCUUUUGAUAUUCACACAAAUCUGCACAUAUCUGAUCUGGCAUUCCAGCCGUCCUUUACAGAAGCCCACCAAUACAACAUCUAUGGUAGUUCAAGCACACAAACUGAUGUGCUCUUUGUAGAAUUGUCCUCUGGGAAGGUUAAGAUGAUAAAGAGCCUUAAAGAACCACUCAAAGCAGAAGAAUGGCCUUGGAACCGGAAGAACAGGCAAAUCCAGGACAGUGGCUUGUUUGGUCAAUACCUGAUGACCCCGUCCAAGGACUCUCUCUUUAUACUAGAUGGACGACUCAAUAAGUUAAACUGUGAGAUCACUGAAGUUGAAAAAGGAAACACAGUCAUUUGGGUUGGAGAAGCCUAGGAGUCCUUUAGAUAAUUAUUGGAUGAAGAGUUUUCCAGUACAUUGCACUUAAUCCAUUCUUUAAAUUUACAGCUUAACUUUUGAAGUUUAUAGCCUACUCAAACAUAAAUUACUUGGUUGGCCCAAAUAAAAUAGAUUUUUUUUUUGGCAAAAACAUACACAAUUAGAAACAUUGGUUGGUUAGAAACAUAGAACACAGUUUUAAUAAGAAAAUACAUCAAUCACAAGAAUCAAAUAUAUAAUUAUGUUGUUGAAGUUAGUAAAAUAGAAAUUUAAACACAAAAAAAUAACUGCAGGGAAAUUCUGAUAACUUUAAGCAUUUUGCUUCAUUUUGAGGGGAAGUUUAUCUAUUUUUUUCUCUGUCCUUUUAGUAUGCUUAAACCAGAAAUAGAAGGUAUUGUGGAACCUCAAGAUUGUUCAUUCAAAAUAUUCUGUCCCAUUCACUGUUAAUAAUCUUUUGUGCCUUGAAGGGAAUGUCACAAGAGGAAAAGGAAGGCUAACGCUGCAUAUUGGAUACCCUCAUAACUAUAAAUAUCUUGUCUUUGAAAGAGAAAUGUUUAACAUCUCUUGCACCAAAUCCUGCCUUCACUCAUUUAUUAAACCCUUAGUGAAAUAUCAUUUCAAGGCUUAAAUUGGCCUUAUGGUGUAUACAAGUGACAAACUCUAUUUGACACAUACUGUAUAAUCUGCAGCAUGCGAUGGAAAAUGGGGAGGAAGGAAGGAAAAAUAAUUAUGGUAAAAUGUUUGCAAUGUAUUCUCUAUUCAUUUUGCUUUUAGCCACUAGAUUGUGUAAUUUUUUUUUUAAUGCAAGUUUGUCUGGGAUGUCAACUGCUUACAGAUGUUUAUUAUUAUCAGAACAGAUUUUUUUUUCCCUUUUCAUGUAGUCCAGUAUUGCAUCAGAAGAAAUUUUUAUUCUAAAAAUGUAGCAUCAUUUGUAUCUGCUUAGACUAAAACCACAUAUAGGGAAAUUAACAACAGAGAGAGAAAGCUGGCUAAAGAAUUGAUAGAGGCUUAGGAGAAUUAGUAACAAGAAAUAGGAAUAAGAGAAUAGUUCCACAGUGGAGAGUACAGAGAGACUUCUCCAAUUGCCUUUGCUAUUUAAAUAUAACCCAUCAACAAACUUCAUUCCUUAAUAACUUUCCUUAAUGACUUCUGUUCAAGUCCUGCAUAAUCCUUAAAUGACCCUCUCCCUAACUGUGUACUGUAGCUCCAAAUUUAACUAAUCCUCUUAUAUUGGACACUGCAUAGAAGUAAAAAAUGAUUGCUUCUUUUAAAAAAAAAUAAGGGCAAAGAAAUGGCCAGUAGAAGUGGAUUAAAACUAGAGUUGGUUUAUUGAAAUAAGCAGAUAAUUAUCCAGGCUUAAAGUAAUAGCUUACAUGUUUUGAGAAUCUUUUACUUAUUUUUGUUUUAUUGUUGCUAAAAAUGCUAAUGGCUUUUUGAAAUGACCUCCAUUUACUGAAGGUAAUCCAAUAAGGUCUUUUUUAAAUACAAAUUUUACUCAAGUUUAAAUUGUGUAAAACUGCUUAGAAAACUGAAAUUUUAUAGUGUGUAAUAUCUUAUGUGUAUAUAUCAUCCUGAGCUGUGUGAUACAGUAGAUUUCUUCUUAGCUUGAAAAAAAAAUUAUGGGAGGUAGAUUUAAUAAACAAGAAAACAGCUUAUGUUUCUACUUAUUGAAUCUGCUUUCCUUUUUAGCAGUUUUUUCCCUUGUGAUCAUGAUCCAUAUAAAGUUUCUGUGACCUAACAAUUUAAUGUAAGUCUGUCUCAUACUUCUUUCUUUGGUAGCUUACACCUUGUGGAUGCUCUGUCUGUAGACAUUGCUUGAUAAAAGGAGAAUAAACCUCUUACAUUUUAA